GAUAAUCGUUUGUAACAGUAAAGUAAUUUGACAACACAAAAAUGGUUGUAACUAAUAUACAAUUUUGUACACAGUAAUCAGUAUGCUUGAACAAUUGUACUCGAAGCUAUAAUAGAAGUUAAUAUGAAAAUAAGUUGACAUGCUGGAAUUCAAUUUUUUCUGUAUCAAGUAUUGCCUAUAUUUUGCCCCUUAAAAGUUGGCAGUGUUUGGUUCCCGUUAUAUUAUAAUAAGAUAAUGUAUUUUUGUUGACCGUAGAAAGCAGUCAAUAGGUCAUGGUGCCUGGUGGCCUCUUAUCAGUUAUCACUAGAUACUAAUUAAUGCACAAGUCAAUGAUGCGUGUAUUCAUUAAAACUGAUACAACACUGAACACACGUGUUUAAAAUUUUCAACUUGUUGAUUGUCGAAACGCAAACACCAACUCCAUAAUGUUAAUUGUCCUUCGUGAAAACAGAAAAUUAUCGGUUAAUGUAUUGUUUUUAUUUUAAACUUUGUUAUAUUUACUUUUAGUAUUAAAUGUUAUGGAUCAAAGGUACCAAAAUAUAACAUCCGAUAUGUCUAAUUUAUUACCACCUAACCAUGGAAGUGCAACAAUUAAAAAGGAAGAUUAUUGUGAUAUGUUCUCAUCUGAUAAACUUUUUAACAUUGUUGAAUACAAUCAGGCGACAUCUGUAGCAGAAGAAAAUAUAAAAAUAGUUGUCAAAGAAGAACUAAUUAGUGAUGAUGAUGAUGAUUUGCCUGAUUUACUUGGACUGGAGUCUUCCGCAGAACUCGAGAAAUGCGAUAUCAAAAUUGAAAGUGAAGUAUUAAAUGGUUGUUUAUUUCAAACACAACUAGAAGUUGAACGAAAUAACUAUGACUUUGAAACAAAAAUUAAAUCCCCAAUUGAUAAUAACAAUACAAUACAUCUAACAAAUAACACUGAAGAUAUGAAAUUAUAUGAGUGUUCUAAAUGCACAUUAAAGUUUCCAGACCGUAAUACUAUAAUUAAACAUUUAAAAUAUCGAAAAAAUCAAUGUAUUAAUUGUUGUAAAUAUAUUGAUUCGACUUCUGUUACUCACGGUUGUAGAAUGAUGCAAAAUAAUCAAAUUGUUUAUGAAUGUCAAGAAUGUUUCGGGGAAUACUUUGAAUUUGGUACUUCUAGAAAGUACCAGAAUAUAAUAAACAAUAACAAAAACCGACCAUACAAAUGUGAUUUUUGUCCUAAAACUUACUUGUCAUCUGGCCAUCUAACUGUCCAUAUAAGGAUGCAUACAGGAGAAAGACCGUAUCAGUGUAAUAUAUGUAAUAAAAGAUUUCAUGCUGGUUACAAUUUGAAUUCACAUAAAUUGACCCAUGCAAGUACCAAGGAAUUUGAAUGUACAGUAUGUCGCAAGUCUUUUAAAGUACUCGCGAGUCUGAAAUCACAUCUUGAAUGUCACACUGCCGGCAAACCGCACGAAUGUGAUGUGUGCAAUAAAAGAUUUAGACAGUGGAAUACACUUGAAAUACAUCGUAGAAUACAUACUGGAUAUAGGCCGUUUGAGUGCGACAAGUGUGGUAAAGCGUUUUACACCAUGCAUUCCUUAACUCAACAUCAGAGAAUGCACAAUGGAAUUAAACCAUAUAAAUGCAAUAUUUGCCAAAAAAGUUUUAGUAUAUAUUCUAAUUUUGUAUGUCACAAGAGGAGACAUACUGGCGAGAAGCCUUAUAAAUGUGAUAUUUGUGGUAAAGGAUUUGCUCAUUCAACUCAUAAGCACAGACAUAGAGAAACACACUUUAACAACAAACCGUUUGAAUGCAAUUACUGUCAUAAAAAGUUUCGUUAUAAAAAUUCUGUUGAAAAUCAUUUACAAACUCACGUUAUAAACAGAAAAAGGAAGUAUGAAUGUGAUAUUUGCAAAAAUAAAUACUACACAAAAAGUUCGUUGAGUUCACAUAAAGAAAUUCAUACUGUCGAAUUGAAAUACAAAUGCGAAUUCUGUAAUAAACUGUUUCGUUCAUCUUUGAGAUUAGAAAAUCAUAGAAAGCAACAUACAGGAGAUAGACCUUAUACAUGUGGCGAUUGUGGAAAAUCGUAUCCAAUUCCCGAAUCGCUAAUCAGACACAAGAAAAUGAAUCAUACUUGCAGUAUUUGCAACUUGACUUACCGUAAACCUCAAGAACUUAAGAAUCAUAAAUUAACGCAUAGCGAGUUGUUAAUAAAACCAUUUAGUUGUGAUAUAUGUGGAAAAAAGUUUGCUGAUAAGCAAAAUUCAAGAACUCAUAGAAUGAUACACAUGGAAGUCAAACCAUUUCAAUGUGACAAGUGCAAUAAAUCCUAUUUAAAUUCUACUAGUCUUAAAGUCCAUCAAAGAAGUCAUACUGGAGAAAGACCUUACAAAUGUGAAAUGUGCGAAAAAGAUUAUGCUGACAGUGGAUCAUUACAUAGACACAAACGGCUUAUUCAUUUCAAGUAAUUUGUAUCUGGUUGCUUAAUUGCAACUGAAAAAAAAGAAAACAGACUAAACUUUUAAUUUAAUUUAAACUCUAUUCAGUGCAAUAUGCAUAAUAAGAAUUUACAAAAUUUUAACCUAAAGAAGUAGUAGCAAUCUAUAUAUUUAUUUAUUUUAUCAUUGAGAAGAUAGAUGCUAUAAGUAGUUAUAAUAAUUUAAAAGGUGUUUUAAAAGUGUAUCAAAUAUAUAAUCAGUUUUAUUAUGUUUUAAUA